AUGAAGAAACACUCGACAGCAUUGCAGAUGUUCGUGCAUACAAUGGUGAUGCAUCAAGAGGCUCUUCUCGUUCAAGCGUCAACUAUCAUAUCCCAAUCACGGUAUGUAUUAUUCACUUUGCAAAAGCGUAUCUCUGACAACACUUUGUCAUCCAUAUUUGCCGUCCUUAUCCUUGACAGUGGUAUUGUUUAUAUCGCAUGGAUAACUUUGGGUCGUGAGGAACCAGCAGCUCGUCAAAUGGUAUUUAUGCAUCAAUUACAACGGCUUGCCGAUGAAUUUUGUGUGGUAGCCAUGACAACCAACCAUGUGGUUGAUCAGCCUGAUGGAAGUUCGCCAUGUCCAGUUCAGUCCCACAAAGCCAGUCAUAUUAUCGCGCAUGCACCCACAACAAGGUCUCGAGGUAAACCGCCAUUGCAAAGUCUACAAGUCACCAUCUUUACCAGAAAAUGA